CAGGCCACACAUUCUCGCGAUGGCGGCAACGAUUGCUGCAGCAAUAGCAGGCACUACCGCAGCCGCAGCCUAUCUCGACGCCAAAUACCACGUGCGAAGCGAUUUGGCCAAGGGAAGUCUUGACAAUGCCGCGAUUGAAGCUCAGCAGUUCAUCGAGCAGCGCAUGGCAAAUAAUGAAGGAACAGUAUAUCACGACAUCAAAAACUGGGCCAAGCAAGAUAUUCCAAACCACCAAUUUUUAGAGUAUGAAGGAAGGUCAUGGACAUAUAAGCAAUUCCACCAGGAUCUCCAAAAAGUCGGGAAUUGGUUGAUGAAUGAUCUCGGCAUUCAGAGGAAUGAAAUGGUCGCUUUGAAUGGACCCAACAGUGCAGAAUUUCUCCUCUUGUGGUUUGCACUGGAUGGUAUUGGUGCGAGCCAGAGCUUCGUCAAUCACAAUUUGACUGGCAAUGCACUAUCACAUUGUGUCAAGCUCUGCGACUGCCGCUACGCCCUCGCCGACCGCGAAACAUCCUCGCGCCUCGAGCCCUGCAGAGAAGAUCUCGAGAAAGCAGGAAUCACAAUCGUAUAUUACGACGAAGAACUGUUCGCGAGAAAGCUACGCGAUAGCACACCUAUACCGGAAGCACGCACUGCAGGUAUGCAAGCCGGCGACACUCGCAGUCUAAUUUAUACGAGCGGUACGACGGGGUUGCCGAAAGGCGUGAUGAUACCCAGCGGGAGAAAUAUCAACACUGCGCGAGGUAUGGCACAGUACUUGCGCCUGAAACGGGGGGAUAAGUUUUAUACGUGUUUACCGUUAUAUCACGCUGCUGCGCAAGGAUUGUGUACGACUCCUGUGAUAUAUGCGGGCGCGGCGAUGACACUGAGUAAGAAAUUCUCGCAUAAGACUUUUUGGCCUGAGGUCCAUGCUUCGAAAGCUACACAUCUACAAUAUGUGGGCGAGCUCUGUCGAUAUCUCCUCAAUGCUCCACCUCAUCCGCUCGAAGCUACUCAUUGCGUCAAAAUGGCGUGGGGUAAUGGAAUGAGGCCUGAUGUAUGGGAAGGAUUCCGACAACGCUUCAAUAUCCCGAUCAUACAUGAACUGUACGCUGCGACCGAUGGGCUUGGUGCCACUUUCAACUGCAACCACGGCGACUUCAGCAGAUCAGCUAUCGGAAUCAGAGGAGCGCUGUGGAAUUGGAAGAUGGGGGAUAAAGAAGUGCGCGUCAAAAUCGACCCGGAUACUGAAGAGGUUGUAAGAGACCAGGACGGAUGGGUGGUGAGAUGCGGUGUCAAUGAGCCCGGAGAAGUCUUCCACAAGGUCGAUCCUGCCAUGGCUGAGCAAGUCUUCAAGGGCUACUACAAAAACCAAGCUGCAUCAGACAAGAGAUGGCUACGGAAUGUGUUCGAGGAAGGUGACCUGUGGUUUCGAAGUGGAGAUGUCCAUCGACAAGACGCAGAUGGGAGGGUAUUUUUCGUCGACAGGUUAGGGGACACAUUUCGUUGGAAAAGCGAAAACGUGUCAACAAACGAAGUCGCCGAUGUCCUAGGCCAAUUCCACCAAAUUGCAGAAGCAAACGUCUACGGCGUGGCGGUCCCCAACGCAGAUGGCAGAUGCGGAUGCGCAACCAUUGUCCUCCAGCAAGGACUCAUGCCAGAGAGUCUAGAUUGCAGCGGUCUGGGCAAGUUUGUACUGGACAAGUUGCCGCGAUAUGCAGUGCCAUAUUUCCUCCGAGUGGCACCACAACUGUCGUAUACGGGGACGUUCAAGAUCCAAAAAGGCCAGGCGAAGAGAGAAGGUGUAGAUUUGGAUUUGAUCGAGAAGUCGGGGAGUAAGGACCAGGUCUUCUGGAUGCCGCCGGGAACGAGCGCAUAUGUGCCCUAUAGCAGAGAUGACUGGCAGGCGUUGCAGAGUGGGAGAGUCAAGUUGUAGAUGAAUGAUAAUGUGCAAUACCCC